AGUCGGAGUGGGAUACGAUCCAGGCAUUGAACUUGCAUAGGUUGAAUCCAUCUCCAAUUCCUUGUCUGAUUCUAUCGCCUACAUAACCUAACCUACCUCGCCCGCACGGGCGCACGCCGUCUAAGGAUAUCGUUCACCGCAGCCGUCGCCCGUCCCCACCGCCGCGACCGCCGGCCAUCGCCAUGGACUACGAUGACAUGUUAGAUUGGAUCAUAUGGGUGCUUUUGUUGAUGUUCGCCGUCAUCGCUGCGCUCAGCGCCGCCGUGGCGAUCGCCGAGGUGGUUCGUCCCGUGCGGCAGCACUGCAAGUGGCUGUCCAUCGAGCGGCUGCUGGAGAGCAUACCCGACGUCCCAUACAAGAAGAUGCCCGAUCGAGACGGCGGCUCUCCGUCGGAGGAGGAGGAGGGGAAGGAGUUGCGCCGGAGCCAGAGCUCGUGCGUGAUCUGCCUGGCGCAGUACGAGGGCGGCGAGCGGUGCAGCGUCCUGCCGGGAUGCGGCCACGUGUUCCACAGGGGCUGCGUCGCCACGUGGCUGCACACCACGCACAACACAUGUCCGCUCUGCCGGGCGACGAUAGCCGCCGGCGCCGUGGCACAGAAGGACAACGACGCACAGGAUAUGGUGUAACAAGAAGCCUAGAAGUAGAGUCUCGUUUUUACCCCACAGUUUUCGUUGCAGCUCAGGUUAUAUUGAGGCACACUUUUGUAAUUAAAAGCAAGCAUUCUGUAUUUCUCUGAGCUCGGUUUUUUGCUGAGUAAUUGCAGCACCUAUUUAUUCAUCGGGUGCCUGAAAACGUUUUCUA